AUGUCCGCUGCCAGACCUGUCAUCAAUGUCUAUGCCGAUUCAGGCAAGUCCACCACCACCACUGUUCCUCUUCCUGCUGUCUUCAAGGCACCCAUUCGUCCCGACAUUGUCAACUUUGUCCACACUAACAUGGCCAAGAACAAGCGCCAACCUCACUCUGUCUCUGCCAAGGCCGGUGAACAAACCUCUGCUGAAUCUUGGGGUACUGGUCGUGCUGUUGCUCGUAUUCCUCGUGUCAACGGCUCAGGUACUCACCGUGCUGGUCAAGCUGCCUUUGGUAACAUGUGUCGUGGUGGUCGUAUGUUUGCUCCCACAAAGACUUGGAGAAAGUGGCAAGUCAAGACUAACUUGAACCAAAAGCGUUUUGCUACCGUUUCUGCUUUAGCUGCCUCUGCCCUUCCUUCCUUGGUCAUGGCUCGUGGUCAUCGUGUUGAAAAGAUUGAGGAGGUUCCUCUUGUUAUUGAUGAUUCUGUUGAAAAAUUGACCAAGACUAAAGAAGCCGUCGCUUUAUUGAAAGCUAUCAAUGCCUAUGCCGAUGUUGUUAAAGUUUCCAACUCUCGUAAACUCCGUGCUGGCCAAGGUAAGCUUCGUAACCGUCGUCAUCGCCAACGCCGUGGUCCUCUCGUUAUCUAUAAUGAAGACAAUGGCCUUGUCAAGGCCUUCCGCAACUUGCCUGGUCUCGAACUUGUUAACGUUCGUCGCCUCAACUUGUUGCAGUUGGCUCCUGGUGGUCACCUCGGUCGUUUCAUCAUCUGGACCAAGUCUGCUUUCGCUCUUCUCGAUGAGCUUUACGGUACUUAUGAAGCUCCUGCUGCUUUGAAGAAGGACUAUGUCUUGCCCGCUCACAUCAUGACUAACCCUGAUGUUGCACGUCUCAUCAACUCUGACGAAAUCCAAUCUGUCGUUCGUCCUGCUGGCGGUAAGCACCACAAGCGUCCUUUCACCCAAAAGAAGAACCCUCUCAAGAAUCAAGGUGUCAUGAACCGUCUCAACCCUUAUGCUCAAGUUCUUCGUCGUGCUGAAAUCAUCAAGUCUCAAAAGACUGGUAAGGUUACCAAGACUGAAAAGAAGAAGGGUACUUCUACUGCUGCCAGCAAGAAGUUUUUGGAAAUUCUCCACUCUGCUUAA